UUGGAAAGACGAAAGUAAACGCGGAGACGAAAAGUCUCUGUUUCUAGAGGAAGAACAAAACCCUGUGCCCCUUCUGAACGAAGCUUUUCAGUUUAAAACGUUGUUUGAUUUUCUGGGGGAUCACUAGGGGCUUCGAUUCCGAGAAUGAAGAAGUUCAAGAGCAUGUUGAAGCCGAAGCCAAACCCAACAGAGCAACUGAAAGAUUGGCAGAGACGACUUCGCCAAGAGAGCCGCAACAUUGAGCGCCAAAUCAGAGAUCUUGAGAGAGAAGAGAAGGUGGUACAGAAAGCUAUUAGAGAAGCUGCAAAGAGAAAUGACAUGGGCUCAGCCAAGUCACUUGCAAGAGAGAUUCUGGGGUCGAGAAAAGCUGUAAAUCGCCUGCAGGAGAAUAAGGCGCAACUGAAUUCAAUAUCAAUGCACCUGGGAGAAAGUGUUGCACUUGCCCGCACUGUGGGUCAUCUAUCAAAGAGUACUGAGGUCAUGAAACUUGUUAAUGAUCUCACGAAAGCUCCAGAAAUGGCUGUCACAAUGCAACAAUUUACCAAAGAAAUCACCAAGGCUGGGUUGAUUGAAGAAUUUGUAAAUGAUGCUCUUGAUUCAACACUAGAUUCAGAAGAUAUAGAAGAGGAAACUGAGGAAGAAGUUGAGAAGGUUCUGAGUGAAAUAGCUGGUGAGACGGCUGCACAGCUUCCCGAAGCUGUCAGGAAGGAGAGGACCAAGUUACCUACCCAUGUAGCUAGUGCAUCACAAGAAGAAGAAGCUAUAACAGAGGGUUCAGAUGAUGAGGAGGAAUUGGAAGCAUUGAGAGUGCGGCUUGCUCAAGUCAGGUCGUAAAUGUUCAUGAUUUUUUUCCCCUUGUUUCAUUGGCAUUUGGAAGAUUGUACUUGUGCUUAUUCUGUAAAGGCUAUUAGUAGUGCAUGUAAACAUAUUAGUUUGAAUUCAAAUAUUCUUUAUGAACAGCUUAAUAAGUUUAAUUUAAUUCUCUUGUAAAAAAAAGCCUCAGGGAUAC